AUGGAGAGGUCCCACCGCAGCAGUGCUCAUCGCGCAGGCUCUCUGUCUGCGCCUGCGCAGAAGAUCCUGGCUGCGCUGCGGGCCCAGCAUGCAGGCAGAGUAGACAGGGGCAGACACAACUUUUUCCCUAGACUGAAUCCGUUUGACACCCCAAGAGAGCAGUUUAAGGACAGCGUAGAGGAUGGGAGAUGCCAUCCUGUCGGUAGUGCGAAUAUGAAAGUAACCGAGACAGAACCACCCGUGACAGACCUGCCAAGAGAACGUACGCACCCCGAACACACGCGUCCCGAGACCGCCUUUAAUAACGAGCAGGCCCCAGUGGUUAGAUCAGAGGCCGUGACAGUGCAAGAGAGAACGGUUCACACGCCAGACGCCACCGUGGUGCCACCUCUGGUGCUGCAACGGCCUGUUCCAGAAUUUACUCUGGCUCCUUUUGACAAGACAGGCACUGGUUCUGUGAUCUCUGAAAAGCAGGGUGGAGGGUAUGUGAGUGGAGAAGAAGACAACUUAGACAUUGGAGGUGUUAAAGGACAGGAACAAGCGUGUCGCUCUUCCGGAAGGAUGGCUGUAGCGGAGGAUAUAAAAGCUACGUCAGCCCAGGCAGAAUCAGGAAACCAGGCUGUGGGGUUGGUAAAGACGGUUCCUUUUGAGUGUAAUCUCCUGGCAACCAUGAGUGAUGUCACAAAGGAGCGUUGCCAAGGAGUCAAAGAAAAUGUAGCACUGCAAAUUGACCCAAGAGAAAAGGGCCGCGCCCUGAACACGUUGCACGAACUUACCAACAUCCACACAAAGGCAGAGGGAUUAAAGACAGCGCCUCUGGAAAAUGACAUCCGUAGGGACAGGGCUGCUUGUCCUAAUCAGAACAGGACAAAUAACUGGUUUCUAACCAGCGAGGGCAGCGUUCGGGCUCAGAGCAGCAAGUCCGAAAACGCCCCGGCCCCAGAGGAAAGACUGAAUGAGUGGAUGUUAGAAAACAUGGGAUCCAUGAAAAGGAUGAGGGACAGAGAGAAUGGAGAAACGACAGAGGAGGCGCAGAAAGCAAAAAGAUGCAUUCACAGAGCAGAUCUGUCUCAGUCAGAGUAUAAUACCCAGAUAUCAGACCGUGACCAGGGUCAAGCCCGGGGGCUGUACGCGGCCCCUCCUGCAGGUUCACUGCAUCAAAACGCCCGGAGCUGCUCACAGUGGGAACCGCCACGACCCUCCCACGGGGCACCCAAGAUUUUGUGGGAAUGCAGGGGCCGUGCCGGAGGGAACUGCAGACCCCCGGAACCUUCCCCUGCUCUCCCUGUCACUCCGAGAGUCAAAGGUCAGAUCCCAGCGCCCCCGGCAGGAGGCAAAGGAGCACGUCCGACCAAACACGCGCAGCGACCAGACAAACCCAGCAGCUGCGGUCCUCCACAAGAACGGGGACAGAGAGCGAAAGGCAAAACUUCAGAGGGACCGGAACUCCUCAAACAAGAUCUGAGGUCUGGUUCCACUUUAAGGGAACACAAGGCCUCCAAUGCCCAGAGGCCGGAGGAGAGAAAUCAAACAACCCGCAAACCCAGCCCGGCUCUGACCUUUGACCCCCGCGUCUGGGACACGGGUCGUCUGUCGGAGCAGGAGAGGGGGCGCGUCCUAGAGGAGGCUGGGCUUGCUCGUGUGUGGGUCAUCACCAUGGUUUAUCAAGACGGAACCACCCAGCUAGACCCAGAGCAGAAGUCUCUGCCGUCUGUGUGCGGCAUGCUGGUCGGGCUGAGGACAGAUCUGGGAUCAGCCGGGGCAGAUGAGGCUAACAGUGUGAUAGGUGAUCGUCUGUUGUAUCUGAGACUGGAGCAGCGACCCGCGUGGGCCCAGCAGCCAAAUGACCAACGACAGGAUCUCUUCACCAGCUCGCCUGACCCUGUCAAUGUUCUGGAUCCUCAGAUAGCUGCCUGGCUGUUGGACCCGGCUGACACAGCUUCGUGUUUCCGGGGCCUGGUUGGUAAACACUGCAGAAUUCCAGUCGGAAACCCAGAUCCUGUUCCGGCAGCAGAACCAAGGAGGGUAACACAAGUGAUUGCUAGUGUAUCUCUCCUGUACAGACUGAUGGUGGAGUUACGGACUAGUCUUCAGGCUCAGGGGCUGUGGCAGCUGUAUGUGAGCAUGGAGCAGAAAAUGAUUCCAGUGCUGGCAGCCAUGGAGAGUCACAGGAUCCAUGUGGAUAAGGGAGCACUGAAAAAGACAUCAGAGAUGCUAGGGACUAAGAUGAAGCAGUUGGAGCAGGAGGCUCACAAGGCUGCAGGUCAACAGUUCCUGGUGUCCAGUAGUGCUCAACUCAGACUGGUUCUGUUUGACAAACUGCGUCUGCAUGAGCGAUGUGAGAAUAAGAAGCUGCCCAAGACUAUGCUGAAACAACAGCAGUCUACGUCAGAGGCAGCACUCUUGCAGCUCCAGGACCUACACCCUCUACCCAAAAUCAUACUUGAAUAUCGACAGAUUCAUAAGAUCAAGUCGACGUUUGUGGACGGGAUCCUGUCGUGCGUGAAGAAGACGUUUGUUUCUUCCACUUGGAAUCAGACCAGUGCAGUGAGUGGCAGACUGUCAGCCAAACACCCAAAUUUCCAGGCCCUUCCGAAGCAGCCGGUUCACAUCAUUAAGAAACAGCAUGUUCAAGGGAGGGAGGCAGAGGUCGUGACUGUUCAUCCACGUGCUAUGUUUAUUCCGAGGGAAGACUGGACUUUCCUUUCCGCUGAUUUCUGUCAGGUGGAGUUGCGUCUCUUGGCUCACUUGUCCUCUGACCCUGAACUGCUGAGAAUAUUCCGGAACCCUGAUGCAGAUGUCUUCACCAUGCUCGCCUCCCAAUGGAAGGGUGUAGGGGAGGAAGGAGUCAGUUCAGAGGACAGAGAACAUGCUAAGCGUAUUGUUUACUCAGUGGUGUAUGGAGCUGGUAAAGAGCGUCUCUCAGGGAUUCUGGGAGUUAGUGCGGAACAGGCCAGUCAUUUCCAGGACAGUUUCCUGAACACCUACAGAGAAGUACAGGCCUUCAUCCAGAAAACCGUUCAGCAGUGUCAUAAACACGGUUAUGUCGUGUCCAUAAUGGGCCGACGUCGGGCUCUGCCUCACAUCCGCUCUUCAGACUGGAACCUCCGCAGUCAGGCGGAGAGACAGGCGGUCAACUUUGUUGUUCAAGGUUCGGCCGCAGACUUGUGCAAAAUGGCUAUGAUCCAAAUUUUCUCCCGCGUGUCCUCUUCCCCGGCUCUUACCGCCAGGCUGGUGGCUCAGAUCCAUGAUGAACUGCUGUUUGAGGUGGAGAACUCUCAGGUGGAGGACUUUGCAGUGUUGGUGAAGAAGACCAUGGAGUCUCUGCAGCACAUAGACAGUCUGGGAGUGCAUCUCACUGUGCCGCUCAAGGUGUCGCUGUCCAGCGGGCGGUCGUGGGGCGCCAUGUCCGAACUUAUCCUCCCCAACUCGCCGACAUCUGCCUCUCACUGA